CUGCAGCAAGUGUCCGGCCUGUGAGCGAGCCCAAACGCAAGGAGCUGGACGCCGGCCGCCGCGAGCUCUGCUUUCUUCCCCGCCGCCGGCUGCCACAGCACGAGGGCAAAGGCGGCUUCUUCGAAUCUCCUGCGGCCACACCGGCUGCUGCCCGAACGCAGUCCGCCGCGCUGUUCCUGCCGGACUGGCCGUGUGGGGAACGGCGCCCAUCUCCGGCGACGGCGCCAUGUACAACCAUGUUGCUGUUGCAGGUGAGCUCUUGAGGAACUGGAGCUUGCAUCUCUGCUACAGACGCAACUGGAGCUGUAUCUUCAUUCCAGAUAGGGGAAUAAUAUAACUGCAACUGUUCCAGGCUCCGUUUUACGACUUACUGUAAGUUGUUUGCAAGUGAAAAUUUUAGCUAGUGAUCAUCAGAUAUGUAGCAGUCAUUUUCACAUCUUUAGCUAGUGAUCACAUCUCACUGGUGAACAAAAUCGUGGUUGGCUAUCGUUAUCGUGAGUUAAGGUGGUAGGUAGUACACAUUUCAGGCCACCAAAAAGUAUAUAUAUAUGCCAUGGAUAUUCCAAAUUUGACAUGUUAGUAUGUUGUUGGCUGCUACACAAUUCAUUAAUGUCUGUCUAUGAGCGUCGACCUGUUAAUUAGCCUGACGGCGGCUCCCAUGUCCCGACCGCAUCAUCAUCAGCAUGGUACAAACAACUACCUGAGGAAUAACAAAGUCUUGGCCACCCAAGAAACAAACCAACCACCUUGGAAGUAACACCCACCCGGUUGCUCGCUUCUUUGAACUUGAACAAAUCGCCCGGCCUCUGAGCAAGAACACAAGAACAACACGGUCGGUUUCCUUGGCACACCAGGUCAGCAACCCACACAUUUCUUUUCCGGUUCCGGGUCCUCUCUAUCAUUUAAAAUUCUCGCCCAAACGAGAAAUAGCAUACUGCUAAACAAUGGCAUGCCGUCUCUUAAUCACUUGCUUUCUUUUUUUGGGUGAGAAUAAUUAGUUGCUUUCUUUGGAAUGCCAUUCUUUAGAAGUAGUUCAAUAUUGCAAUCUUAUCUUAUUCGAUUUGCCAAACGUGCACGGCCUUCUUCGUACUAAAUACAGGAUAUAUUGCUGCUGCGAGGAAUAGACAAGGUCAAGCAGAUCUAGUAUAUAUACGUAGUAUGACAAUGCUAACAACCACCCCUCACCUCUUCCCCCAACAACUCCUUCUCUAUCUCUCUAGCCAAUAAUUGAUUGUUUGGUUGGUUGGUGUUAUCCUUUUCUGUUCCUCUUCUCCUCUUUCUCUAUAGCUUUCAGAUGGGAGGCACCUUUACGGCAGCAGCAGCGGCGGCGGCACUGGUUCUAGUCAUGGCUGGCCUUUUUGGUGCUGCAACUGCCAAUAUAGGCGACAAGUGCUCGACGAGUGCGGACUGCGGCGCGGGGCAGUGGUGCUUCGACUGCGAGCCGGAGCUCGCCGGCUCCCACUGCGUCCGCUCCGCCGCCACCAACCCCUUCCAACUUGUUAAUAACUCGUUGCCAUUCAACAAGUAUGCCUAUCUCACGACACACAAUUCAUUCGCGAUUGUUGGGGAACCGUCGCACACCGGAAUUCCACGCAUCACCUUCGACAACCAGGAGGAUACAGUCACCGAUCAGUUGAAUAAUGGUGUCCGCGCGCUAAUGCUUGACACAUAUGACUUCAAAGGAGAUGUAUGGUUGUGCCAUUCCAGUGGAGGCAAAUGCAACGAUUUUACUGCAUUUGAACCAGCACUGGACACAUUCAAGGAAAUUGAGGCAUUUCUUUCUGCCAACCCAUCUGAAAUCGUUACAUUGAUCCUGGAAGACUAUGUUAACGCGCCAAAUGGCCUGACGAACGUGUUCAAUGCCUCUGGCCUGCAAAAGUACUGGUUUCCGGUUUCGAAAAUGCCGCAGAAUGGUCAGGACUGGCCUCUUGUCAGUGAUAUGGUCACAAGCAACCAGCGUCUCCUUGUGUUCACCUCUGCCAGAUCGAAGCAAGUCACAGAAGGAAUCGCAUACCAGUGGAAUUUCAUGGUUGAGAACAAUUAUGGCGACGAUGGAAUGGAUGCUGGCGAAUGCUCGAACCGUGCAGAGUCCGCGCCGCUCAACGACAAGACCAAGUCACUGGUCCUCAUGAACUACUUUCCGUCUGUCCCUGUGAAGCUGACUGCAUGUUUGCAGCACAACAAGGGCCUCACUGACAUGGCUAGUACAUGCUACAGCGCAGCCGGAAAUCGAUGGGCUAAUUUCAUCGCAGUUGACUACUACAAGAGAAGCGAGGGAGGGGGCGCAUUCCAAGCCACCGAUCUGCUCAACGGCAUGCUCCUGUGUGGAUGCCAGGACGUCAAGGCUUGCCAGCAAGGAUCUAGUGUAGUAUGCUCUGCCUGAAUCUGUGAAAACUAGGACAUGUAGCAACUGCACAUACAUAGAACAAGCGGAGAACUGGAGAUGCAUAGCCUGAUGAUUUAGUCUCAAGAUGAGACAAGACAUACUCUUUUUUUUUGGGCUAGAAGAAAGGCAUACUUAGGAUCCAGAUUUCCCAAAUCCAAAAGUUGAAAAUGACGGGUUUCGGCAAUGGAAAAAAGGUGAAGAUGUUGGAUAGUGCAUUACAACAGUGAACAUGAUUCAUCGAUAUGCUCUACUCUCGGUCUCGGGAGACAUUGUAGUUCUGCCUGGUGGAAUGUUUGACAUAGAUGGAUUACACAUCAAGAUAUAUUGCUAUAAAUGAAUUAUUAAUGGUUUAUUAUUAUGGCUAUUUUUGAAUCUAUUUUUUGUCAUA